AAUAAAUCUUGGCAAAUACCGAUUCAUGAAUGCAAUGGAGACUGAAUCAAUGUCUUUAUGGUUUCAGCAUCUUUAUUUGGCAUAAGGACACUAGAAAUCUCUACGCUAUCAUUUCUAUCGGAUUUUUAUUCAGUAGAUCAGUCUUAACAGUAGAAAAUUGUUUCUUUAAGGCUAUACCCAAAUCUAUCCUUAAGAAAAUCACAAACAAUACAUUUAUAGACCUUAUUACUUCAUUCGCUUAUCCUAUCUCACCCAAAUCUGAUAUUUUCUCUCUUCUAAAACCCUAUCCCUGCCUUAAGAUCUCCUAAAUCCCCUACUAUAGACCACCCUUUAAAUUCUUUGUUGUAAACAGAAUCCUUGUUCUAACAAAGCCACAGGUUUUACUGAAGUGGUAUAUAUUAAAAUAUUUGUACAAAAUUCUUAAAGAUAAUAAGCGCUUUCCGAAAAUCACAGAGAGGGACUAUUUUCAUUAUUCUUCUUAGUUUCAUUACACAACUGCUUCUAAUAAAGAUAGUGAAGUCUCUAUCCUGAUUAUUUAAGCUUAGAAGCCAACUCUAAGAUUCUACACCAAAGUGAGAUUCCCUUUACCCUUGUAAAACUGGAGAUGCUAAUUAUACACUAAGCUUUCAUUUCCCUUAUGAUGUGUAUUAUUGCUUAAUUUCUUAGCGAGAAAUAUUGUAGGAUUUCAUUUAACCAUCCCUGUGGACAUAUGCUUACGAACCCCUACUCCUUAAGAUUAAAGAAGCAUAGAAUCAUAGUAGUAAUAGCCUUUACUGCACUAGAUUGCUUAAAAGACGGUGAGAGAGUUGCUAUGAAGUUGAUUUCUACAAAAGAGGGUUAAUAUUUUGAAUGGUUUAGCCUCGAUGAGAUAUAGCUAAGAUUUUCAUGGAUUCA